GUCUCGUCGCAAUGGCCAUGAAGUUUGUGUACAUUGUUCUGGUAUUUAUCUCUUUGGCUUCGGCCAGGCCCGAGUUAGGAACUCUAAAUAUUAUUGACGAUAAAUUUUCGGGAGCUGAUAUAAAUGAACAAGUGGAUCGUUUGAUUCCAAAAAUUUCGGAAUUUAUUCUGGAUCAUGGCCUGGACCCGCUCAAUCUCCCAGACACUGAGACAAAAUUAUGGAAUGGAUUCGCGCACACCGACAUUUCAAAGCAGAUCGAACCAAUGUUAUACAAAGCCGAUCUCGUUUUGAACUCAGGAACAUUGAGACAUUUGUCCGACUUGAAGCGUUACGGCGACGCUACUGUGAGUUACGAAGAGAAAGUAUUAAACCUGGACGUUGGGUUCGAAUUUAAACUUUUACAGGGAACAUACAAUUUCAUCGUAAAACUGGUCCUCGUCAAUUUGAAGGGCCGCAUUAUAGCUUCAACGGAAAACGUACACGCUGAAAUUGGCGUCACGUUCAACACAACGAGUAACAUUUUAUCUCUCAACAAAUUCAAAUUACAAGUUCCAAGCAGCAUUAAAAUCGUAGUCGAAAAUAAGAACGGAAUGGUGGAUUGGAUAAAUACAUUCAUCGUCAAUAUCGUAACUCCGUUUUUUAAGAGCACGAUUACGAAUGUCAUCGAGAAGGAAGCGGCGAAUGCAAUUCGAACGUAUCUUGAUGAGAUAAAUCAAUUAAAUGCGGCAGAAACAAAGAAACUCCUGUUUUCGAAAAUCGGUAAUCAUGAAUGAAAAAACCGAUUGUUCAUUUCUUAAUAUGAAUAUUUUGCAUGUAAUUUUAUAUUGUACUAUACAUUUAUAAAUAUAUUUCAUUUUUUUAAA